AUGGUAGAAGAUUCCAGGCUGGGCUACCGUUUGCCACGCCCCUCCACUUCCUGUGGCUUGUGGGCGGUGCUUGGUCACAAACUCCUUACCGAGGAAGGAGGAAGGGUUACUGGUUUUGCAGGUGGCGUAGGCUUCAGAAGAAGGUCAAAUCGUCAAAGAUUUCAGGCCCUCAGUAAGGCUGAGGAUUCAGAGCUUGAAAAUCUCUCUAACCUUCGGGAGAAGUAUCUCUCUAACCUUUUCGAGAAGUCUUCUCUCAGCCACAAUCCUGUGAUGCCUGAAAAGAAGGAGGAAGCUGCUGGUGCUGGUCCAUCCAGCACUUCUGAGUGUGCUCAGAGCCUCUGCAGCUCUGCUGCUUCUGGCAUAACCACCACACCAAGUGGGCAAGAUGAAGGCUCCGAGAGUCAAGAAAUGUCUAACAAUCCAAGUGGUUCUCAGGCUGGGGCAGAAGCUACAAAUGUUCCGGUGGGUGAUACCGAUCCUAAAGUGGGUUCUCUGGUGAAUUUCAUGAUUACGAAGUAUCUGCUAAAAGAGCUCCUAACUAGGGAAGAUAUGCUGAAGCUUAUCAUCAAGGAACGUGAAGAGCACUACACUGAGAUCUUCCUCAAGGCCUGUCAGUGUGUGGAGUUAGUCUUUGGCCUUGGUGUGAAAGAAGUAGAUCCUGAUGACCACUGCUAUGUUCUUCUCCCCAAAGUGGGCCUCACCUAUGAUGGGCUGAGGAGCGGUGCAGAGGGUGUUCCCAAAACCGGUGUCCUCAUUCUUGUCCUUGGGGUGAUUUUCAUCAAGGGCAACUGUGCCACUGAAGAAGAAGUCUGGGAAGUGCUCGAUAUGUUAGGAACACAUUCCACUGAGGAUAGUUUCGUCUUUGGAGAUAUCAGGAAGCUUGUUACUCAAGAUUUUGUGAGAGAAAAAUACCUUGUACAUCGGCAAGUAACUGAUAGUGAUCCUGAGCAAUUUCAAUUUUUUUGGGGCCCAAGAGCUCAUGCUGAAACCAGCAAGAUGAAAGUGCUGGAAUUUAUGGCCAAGGUUAUUGACACCGACCCAAGUUCUUUUGAAUCUCAAUAUGAGGAAGCUUUGCAGGAUGAAGCAAAGAAAGCUAAAAGCAAGAGUGGAGCCUGUGCUGACUAG